AUUAAAUAUUUACAAACUUCAUCAACAAUAAAAAUAUUUCAUUUAACAAAAUAGUCUUGAAAACAACAAUAACUAAACUUUUUUUUGGCACAUCUUUAAUAUACAAACUAUGAGACUACUUAUUAUUUUAACCGCACUUAUUGUGCACACAUUAGCCGCUACUAUCGGUAACGAUAAAAGCGGCGACACUUUGAUCAGCAAAUCGGAUAAACAAAAGGCCGAUGAAAUAGAGGCCAUACCGACGUCUUAUGAUUUUAAAUACUCUACGGGUAGUGAAGGACCGGCACAAUUAUUCCGUGAAGAGCACAGGGAUCACGACGGCAGUGUACGCGGCAAAUAUGGUUAUGUCGAUCCUAACGGCAAAUUGAGAGUCGUUGAAUACCGUGCGGGUGCUAAUGGUUAUACAGUGACCGGCGAUAUUGGACCCGAUAAGGCCACACAAUCGGCCGCACAGUAUGAACAACGCAACGAUCCGUCUGUACGGACACAGGCAGAUGUAUGGAAUCGAGUUCAGGGAUCAUCAGGUGGUAGUGGUGUCGGCUCAUCAUUAGGUUCGGGUGGUUGGAGUGGUGUCGAUCCGCUAUGGAAUGUGAGUCCACAACAAUCACCGCAACAACAACAACAACAACCGCUGGCCACUAAACAUCAAUUUCAGUCACCGGCAGUUUCGGGAACAGGAGAUAAGCUGUGGGAUGAUAAGACACAGAGCGCAUGGGAUACUAGUUCUGGUAAUAAUUGGCGAUCAGAUGACAGAUCUGAUGGUGACAGUGGUCGUAGUGGUGGAGUAAGAAGUCCAGUGGAUUGGAAUACUUGGAGUUCCGGACAAAAUUCAUGGACUAAACAACAACAAAUCGGUAGUACUUCAGGCAAUGGUCAGAGCUGGACAUCGCGGGUACAACACGAUUGGCCAAACAGUCCGACAUCAACGCAACCACAACAGUCUGCCGGUGCACAAUGGGGUCAACAAUCAAAUCAAUUGCCACCACAGUCGACACCAGUGACCAGCAAAUGGACACCACCGUCAUCACCGACUCAGGGAUCCAGUACUGGUCAAUGGUUGCAACAACCAAGUAGUGGAGGACAAUGGGGUCAAUUCGGUGAUAAUAAUGCAGUUUCUGGAGACCAGGGAUCAACCGUUGAUACCGGUAUACAUCAGCAGUCACCGAAACUGCCAGCCACUCAACGAGAUGUUACUGAAUUGAGACAAAAGUGGACAGGUAUACCACCGCCAGGCAAAUGGCAGGACCCGAUAACACCCGGAUCACAGCCAACAUGGAAUUCACCCAUAAGUAGUACUGGAAAUAUAGCUCCACAACAACAGCAACAACAAUGGGGACAACAAUCUACUAGUGCUCAAUGGCAACCAUCACCGUCGGCAGGUUUACCGCAAAAUUCAAUUGCAGAUCAAUGGGCUCAGAGAGCACAACAGCAGCAACAACCAGAUUAUAGCGGUGUUCAAUGGACUCCACAACAGAAUCCCGGAUCAAUUGCUGAUCAAUGGACUCAACGACAGUCUAAUCAACGACAUCAAUGGGGACAGACAGGUCAACAACAGUGGGGUCAGAGAGAUCAACCUCAAUUGGGACAGACAAGUCGACCACAAUGGGGACAGACAAGUCAGCCACAGUUGGGACAAUCAGGUCAGUCACAGUGGGGACAGUCAGGUCAACCACAGUUGGGACAGUCAGGUCAACCACAGUUGGGACAGUCAGGUCAACCACAGUUGGGACAGUUAGGUCAGACACAAUGGGGACUGUCAGGUCAACCACAGUGGGGACAGUCAGGUCAACCACAGUGGGGACAGUCAGGUCAACCACAGUUGGGACAGACAGGUAAUCCACAGUGGGGACAAUCAGGUCAGCAAAAGUGGGGAGAGACAGGCCAACAACAACCUCAAACACAGUGGACACAAACAUCAAUUUUAGGUUCAAAUUUUACCGAAAAAUCACCGAAACAGGACAGUUGGUUGAAUACUGCUCAGAAUGCAAACGCUCAACAAUCACAACCACAGCCACAAUGGCCACAAUCUCCGGCCAAAACUGCCAGAUUAGCUGACUUGGCCCAGUCUGGACCAACAUCACUGCCUGAUCAACAACAAUCACCGCCAAAGCCACUACCAGUGCCAUACCAGCCGUCAUCGGCUAUCGGUUUGCCUCAACCGUCAGCUCAACAAUGGUCUCAACCAAUCGGCACUAAUGUUCCGUCCGGACAGGGAUUUAGCUCAGCGUCAUUGUCGCCACCGUCGGCACAGCGCCAACAAUCACAACAACAAUGGCCUACAAGUGGACAGUCAGGUUCCGACAUGUUUGGUGGGGCACCGUUUGUUCAAUUCAUGAUUGAACAUACCAUUGAUCCCAACCAACCGCCCCUCAAAUAUCAAUAUUCUUAUUAAACAAAAAAUAAAUAAUCAGUUAUAGUAAUACAUUAUAGUAAUAGUUGACCGAAAACUAAACAUUUCUAUCUAAAAAUAAUUAGUUAUAUAAUAUCUAAAAAUAA